AUGCCUAAACAACCAAGAAACACCAUUGAGUCCAGUUCUACAGACUCAGACUCCACCAGUGACAGUGGUUCAGAAUCAGAAUCAGCACAGAUCAAGACUUUACCUGCAAGUAGCAAGACCAACACCCCAUCAAGAGCUCGAAGAAAACAGCUAGAGACACAAAAAGAUAUGUUCAGCAAUGUCAACGAAGUCAUGAAUAUAUGCUUCCUACUUGAGGAGGAAGCUGUCCGAGCUGAAGAAAAUGAAGAUAAUCUAGAGGAUGAGAGAUUAGUGAGGGCACGAAAUAAAGUUCUGAAAAAGGUAGAUGACAACACACGCAAACAUUGUCAGUGUGUGUAUGACUACAUAAUGGAUCACGCACCUUACCUUGCCAACUUAAUUGGAAAGAAGAAGAAAAGACACGAGCUUCAGGUUCUCAUCAGCGAUCCCCAAAUCUGGACAAGAAGGCCAUUGAGCCACCUCUUUCCGACGAGAAAGGGAGUCAAGCGAGAAUGGGUUUCAACCACCCAGAGCUGGCUUGGCUCCUCUGUCCUGUAA